AUGCCCAUGGUUGACUUCCGAUUGCAAGCUCUCUUCGAAGAUGCAUCCUCCGACACGACUUGCGCCAAGUGUGGUGCGGCCUCUGCGCCUGCCCCUUCGGAUGGGUGUGUCCGCUGGCAGGUGGUGGGCGGCCAUACGGGUGGAAUUUUGGUGCGAGCAAGCCGAACUUUGACGUCAAUGGAGCUGGGUCGACUGAGCGCGAAUUCUCUGCUUGAGGAGGUUGAGAUCGUCAGUGACAGACUACACUACCGGAAGUUAUCUGGAGACGGGCCGGUGCAAGGCUGGGUCAGUCUGCGAUUGAAGGGCAAGGACCUCGUGAGAAAGGUAGCCCCAGACGAGCACAGUGACCUCCCACUAAGCAAUGAAUCGGGGAAUUCAGCAUUGAAUACCCAGAUCUCUUCUGGCGAAAUGUCGAGUGGGAAGUUGAUGAUCCAGGUCAGAGUGGACCAUGCUCGGUCGCCGAAAGCGGCCGAAACUGGCCAACUUGAUGGUGCAGUUUGUUGCCUGGUUGGUGGUCUUCCCUCGUUGGGUUCGUGGGAUCCCAAGUUGUCACCGAAGCUUGUGCAGCGCCGCCUGGAUGGUGCUGCCACCGUCUGGGAAGGCUGUCUGGAUGGCUUGGAGGUUGGAGCCGGCGAGCAGUACAAGUACUGUAUUCUCCAUGCUGCCAAGAACCUCUACAUCUGGGAGGAAUCGGGCCCAAUGCAUCAUUGGCCGAAAUCUACAGCAGUGCAUGAUUUUGAGGCUGGAAAGGCAGAGGUGACACCUCAAGGAGCAUGGCCGCCCCCACAAGCUGUGCCGCGAAACGCUCCGGCAGCUGAGUUGGGUGCAGGCACCGAGCUUUGGAUCCCGUGGAGCACCCACCAGCGCGCUGUGGAGGUGCCACACAGCGUGUUUCAUGCCUUUCACUGGCCAUUUGCAUUGACCUGUGAUCGCCUUCAGGACAUAGGUGAGUUGGGCUUUCAAGCUGUUCAAAUCAGCCCAGCGCAAAAGUCCAAAGCUGGUGGUGAGUGGUGGACACGCUAUCAGCCCCAAGAUUAUCUGACCAUUGAUGGCUUGGGCUCUACGGGCGAUCUGGAGAAGCUCACCCAAGAUGCAAGCCGCAGAGGGCUUCUCAUCAUAGCCGAUGUUGUCUUCAAUCACAUGGUGGUUGUGGCAAGCUGCCAGGAGUGGAAGCAUGCUCAAAAGUCCAAAGAGCUUCUGGCUGCCCUAAAACGACGUUUAUCGGAUGCAGUCGGUCCUGCCUUCGACGCUGAAGACUUCCAGUGGCCUUGGUUCGAGAUGAGUGGCGAGCAUUGGGACAAUCACAAUCGCUACGAGGGAUGGGGCAAUGGCGAAUGGUCUGAGUUGCGGCACUGUGAGAAGGUGGUCAAAGUUCAGCAGCAACACUUGCAGCUGCUCUUGGAUGCAGGUGUGCGUGGCUUCCGCUUCGAUGCAGUCAAACACAUGCGUCCAGCACAUCUGGCGGAGCACAUGGAUUACCUUCGAAAUUCUGGCAAACUUCUCUUUGCGUAUGGUGAAAUUCUGAGUGUGGAUGCUCCCAUGCACCAUGAAUAUAUGCAAUCGCUUGCCAUACCUUCGACGGACUUCCCCUUGACCGUGUACAUGAAUCGCGUGCUGAUGAACGGUCCGGCAGCAGCUCAGGAAGGUGUAGCUGUGUCAUGUGCAAAGGCAGCACACUCUGAAGGUCUCGACAUAAGAAGUUCAGAGCUCCACAUGCCUCCCGGCCUCUCUGGCGACUCUAUUCGUUUUGCUCGGAACCAUGACACGGUCAUGAACCCUGGAUCCUUUUACGGACUGUCUGGCUCGUGCCUGUCUGCCCGUGCCUGCUGGGCCUGGUUACUCUCUCUUCACGAUGGCUCGGUCCUCGUUUACCCUGAUGAUCUGCAGAGUCAGGAGAGUGGGCCUCUGAUAUGCAGAGCCCUUCGAUACCGCGCGAAGUUAGCCAAAGUCGCAACUAGCUCUCAAGUAGGGCUUCUCUAUCUAGAGGCAGGUGGCCCGCCUGGAUUUCUUUUGGUUGCGCUGAGAAGCGCUGGAGGUCAGCUUUGUGGGCUGGCCUUGGUCAACUUGCAACGGACACCAGUGAAGGUGACUUCCUGCUCUUUGCUCAAGAACCUAGGGGAUGGCGUGUUCCAGGAUGAGCAGGGUUGCACAGUGCAUUUGCGCGAUGGCAGCCUAGAGAGCGAAGGUUCCGAGGGUGUCUCGAUUCAAGCAUUCGAUGCUGCUUUCCUUGCGACCUGA